CUUCAGCGCUUUGAUUUUAAAUCAAGGUGAACAUUUUGGAGGGUGUUUACAUCGGCUUACUCGGUCAAAUUUUAUCUCUGCAUUUGAAAAGCAAUACACCGACAAUAUCAUAUCUACUAAGAUGUUGGAGUGUAGUGUCCAUAGACGGAUGUACACGUCGUGAACAGGAAGAGCGGAAUCAUUUUAUUACAACCGAUGAUUAUGUUGGCGCUUAUAGUAGUUGGCAUUAUAGCGGCGGUUGUGUUUCUAUGGAAACUCGACAGUGACCUCACCCUCGCUUGGUCCCUGAGAUUUGGCAAAUCCGCAGAGAGUUUAUCGGGCAAAGUGGUAUGGGUGACAGGAAGUUCCAGCGGAAUAGGCGAGGCGCUGGCGCACGAAUUUGCUAAGGCCGGAUGUAAGCUGGUACUGUCGGCUCGACGAGAAGAACUGCUGAAAAGCGUCAAACAGAAAUGCUUGGAGUUAUCCCGAGGCAAACUGCAGGACAGUGACAUACUGGUGCUUCGCCUUGACCUUCUGCAAUAUGAGACUCACGCAGAAGCGACUGAGCAAGUGAUGAAAUACUUCAAACGGAUCGACAUUCUGGUGAACAAUGCUGGGCGGUCACAGCGAAGUUUGAUCGUUGACACACCUCUCGAGGUUGAUAGACAAGUAAUUGACCUCGACCUUUUAGCGCCUAUAUCGGUCACAAAGGCCGUACUUCCGCACAUGAUUAAGCAAGGUCAAGGUCACAUUACGUGUACAAGCAGCGUGGCGGGAAAACUUGGCGCACCAGGAAGUGGUAUAUACUCCUCUGCAAAGCAUGGCUUACAGGGUUUCUUUGACACAUUAAGGAUCGAAUUAGCCACCUGGAAUAUCGGGGUCACAAUGGCUUGUCCGGGGCCUGUGUAUUCGGAAGCUCUUCUGCAUGCGUUCACCGACAAACCAGGCAAAACGUUGGGCAUCACCAUGGGCGAGGACUGGGGUCGGAUGACGGCGGCCCGAUGUGCGCAACUAAUGGUGGUGGCGACCGCUAACGAGCUGCACGAAGCUUGGAUCUCACCUAAUCCGGAACUCUUCUAUUGCUACUUAUUCCAGUAUAUGCCUUUCUAGCCAAGAAAAUAGCCAUCAAACUUGGGCAGGGGAGAGCGAAUAAAGUAAAGGCAGGAAACCACAAUCUGCAUUAAUGUUUGGAUUAUUAUUAAAGUUAUGGUGCUUGAUGAAUUGUUUAUUUCAAUGUUUUGCAUACUUUUAUUUUUAAAUUGGACACGGUCGUAUAUAAGUGAAGGCAUAUAAUUUAUAAUGAGACGAACGUUUACUUUGAAAGCGUUCACAACUUGUAUUUCCGAAUGUACCUUUUAGUACAUUAAACUGUAUUAGUGGUCGUUACGUUACGUUACCAACUACGCAAGCUUACGUUUACCUAUUUGUUCAUUUGUUAACAUAAAAGAUUCCGAUAAAAGUGAUGAUUAUAUACACAUUAAAGUAUAAACUCGAACGUUGUAUCAAUUGCUUUAUCAAUGAUCUUACUGUUAAAUUAAAUGAACUAUAUUCAGGUAUAGAAAUUUAAAAUGGUAAACAUCUGUCUAUGUUGAUGCAUGCUGAUAACAUAGUUUGGCAAUAAAUGAACGAGAUUUACAAGCAAUGUUGAAUUGUCUAUGUGAAUGGUGCAGGGAUAAUAAAAUGAAUAUUAAUA